ACUGGUCUGAUCUUAACAUUUUAGCUCAUCAUAACAGGUAAUUAAAAAAAGAAUAUCAAAUUAUGCUGGAAAUUUUAAAAAAUACAGGAUGAAGAUAUAGAUUUGAAGCUCUUCUAGAUGUUUGAUGGAAGGCUGAUGAAGGUUGAUUGCCGGCCGGCCGGUCGGUGGCGUUUCUCUGGUUGGAGCUGCUGAUGCAGAAGGUGCAUCUGUAAGCAGAGUGGAAGCGAAACUCCGCCUUCAUGCUGCCGAAACCUUCUCACAAACACCGCCAGGGUUCCAUCACCCAUUUCUCGAAUCUAAAUCCAACCCCAGGGUGUGUGAAGGAGAAACUCGGACUUUAUUAUGGCUGCGAGUGAUGAAUGUAUUUAAGCCGAAAUCAUGGCAGGGUUUCCCCGGCGGAUCUCCUGCUCCUGCUCCUGCGCCAGAUCCUGCUCCUGCUCCUGCACUUUCUCCAACACCUUCCGGAAUGUCGCUUAUUCAAACCCGGAGUAUUUGCAUCGGAAAUCCUCUGAACCUGGUCACCUCUCAUGGAUAACCUUUUUUCUACCUUUACACUUCCACCUGGGAAUCAUUUCAGGAGUCCAUUGAACAACUGAAGCAGGUUUGAAAGACCAUCACCGGUUCCGUUUUACCUGCUUUCUUUUUUUCCCCACCUGGAUAGAUAUAUAUAUAUAUUUUCUGGACCUUUCCAGGGUUCCACUCCCACUCUGUCAUGCCCAUUUGAAUACCUGCAUUUGAUUAGACAUUUGGCUGAAGGUCCGAUAUGUCAUCAGAAGGAAGCCUGGUAUCGCUCAGAGGUCUGCCCAUGGACAACUGGAUGGCUGUUUUGCCAGGUGGUCUCUGGGACAUCCCUUUAUGGAAUUUGGCCAUUCCAGGAAGCCAUAAUGCAAUCACGUACUGUUUGGAUAUGAAUAACCACUCUCCUAUUGACCUCAAGCAGCCUGAUAUGCUGCAGAAGCUCGACAAGUUCAUGAAGCCCCUCAUACGGCCGUUUGUUUACAAGUGGGCAAUCACGCAGGAGUACAGCGUGAGGGAACAGUUGGACUGCGGUGUGAGAUACUGCGAUCUCAGGAUAGCGCAUCGGCCCAACGACAGCUCGUCUGAUCUCUACUUCUACCAUGGGGUUUACACCACAAUUACCGUAGAGACGGUGCUGAAGGAAAUCAGGACGUGGCUGGACGCCCAUCCUAAAGAGAUAGUCAUCCUGUCCUUCAGCCAUUUCCUGGGACUGAGUCAGGAGCUUCAUGCACUCCUCAUCUCCACCAUAAAGAGCAUCUUUAACUCUAAGCUGUGUCCUAAAAUGGACGUGGUCACACUGAAGACUAUGUGGAGCUCUGGUCAGCAGGUGAUCAUCUCGUACGAGCACAACAUAGCAAACUGUCACACGGAGCUGUGGUCUCAUAUCCCGUACUGGUGGGCUAACAAGAACAAAGCAGAAGAGCUGAUCGAGGAGUUCGAAAGCCGGAAACAACACGGCCGUCCAGGAGGCUUCUUCGUGACUGGAAUCAAUCUCACGGCCGACCUGAAGUACAUCAGUUCACAUCCCACCAAGUCGCUCAAAGACGUCGUCAUGACGACGUACCCGAUGCUGCUGGACUGGGUUCGGGAGCAGAAGCCCGGGUCCUGCGUCCAGUCGCUCAACAUCAUCGCUGCUGAUUUCGUGACGGAGAGCGAUUUCAUCCAGACCGUCGUAGCCCUAAAUGAAAACCUACUGAAUAGAAGUACAUGAGGAGGAGGAUGAAGUAGAUGUUAAUGAUGUCGCACUUCAUUUCGCACAAUAUUUUGACGCAUAGCGCACAGAAUUUUACAUUACCUUUUAAAUAGGACAUUGAUAAUGAAGAUGAUUUUCAGUAGGAUUGUUAUUCUAUGCACUUGUCACAAUGUCCCGUAUGUCUCCUAUGCACUGUCUUUAUUCUCACGUUUACCUCUUACCCCAGGCAAUAACUUGAGUGAUUUUUGAAAGCGCAUGCUCGGAAAAGAAAAGGAAUAACCUGUAGCGUUGCUCAUUACCUGAGUGUGACCCUCAAGGCUUGGUACUUGGUACCCUUAGAAUGUGCCUCCAGGGAAAUUGAAUUUAGUAUAGCAUGAAAGACAAUCUAAAAUCCCUCACGAUUCAUUUGAAUGAUUUGUCUGUGAUGAAGUGCACUUUUUCUUUUUCUUUUUUUUCUUUUUCCAAUAGGUUUGCUCAAGAAUCUCCAAGAACGAUCUUAAUGCCCGAGUCCCUGCCUUUGAUAUAGACUCUGAUAAAUAUGGCUGCAUUUCAUGGGUCGUUUGUACGACCGGGUGAUGUGACAAAAUAAUAUCAAUAUCGUGAAAAAUUUGGUCAAUUAGCUAAAAUAGCCAUUUUUGGGACCCUCCAAGAUCGAAAUAUAAUUUUUAGACGUACAGAUACCUCACCUUACCUACAUCUGCACCUGAAUUUACACUGAAGCAACACUCUUGUGGCUGAAUAAAUCUCCACAAGCACACUCCAAACAUCUCAGAAGAGUGGAAGUUAUUAUCACGGCAAAUGCGGAAUGAGAUGUUCCAAAAGAAGCACGUAGCAAUAUUAUGGUCAGGUGUCCACAAACUUUUGGCCUUAUAUUGCACCUUAGACAUUGCCGUAUAUAUAACAAAUGUUUUGUGCAACACAUUUUACAUGCAAUUAUUUCAGCGGUUUCUCUAGAAACGAUAUCGUUUUGGAAAAUGAUUACGUUCUGUCCAAUCAGAAUUCAGAAUUCCUAACGACCAGUUAACGAGCAAAGCUACAGAUGUGACCAUUUCUUUCUGAGACCGUUUGCUUGUCACUGACAUUAGUUUUAAUAUCAAACUCUGUCUCUCGCAUGAAAUUGCAUCGGCGACCGACACAGGACUGUUUUCUUUCAAAAACAGGAAGUGAGGUCGUUAUCUCAGGAGGCGUGAGUGUGAAAUGCAAAGAUCUUCAUGCUGAAAGUGAAUUCAGCCCUUUUUCGCAGGUCUGGAUGGAAAGGUCUUGAUGAUUAUACCCCACAUGGUUGGUCACGGACAUGCAACGUCCUGACUAUGUGGAAAUGAUGUCAACUUAGGCCCAAGUUUACAGAAAAACAGCACGGAUCAUGCACUGAACGAACACAAUCUACUUCCUGCGGCACAUUAAAGCAAGUAUGGCAUGUCUGCAUUUUAAGGUGUGGUAUCAAAAGGUGUCGAGACUGGCACUGUUUAUAAGAAAGUAGUAUUUCUUUCCAGCCACUUCUGGAAUAUUUCCUGGAAGUCUUCUUUUGUUUUUUAUUUCAAGCACCCAUGUUGCCAAAACUGCGACCUUUAAGCUGGAUCUUCAUCUUCAGGCAGGAACCAAAUCUGGUGUGUAGGGUGUGUACGGGAGCGAGAUCACUCAUGAAACUCAUGUGUGAGCUUGUCUUUUGGCACAGUGACUUAUGAAAUUCGGUGCUCCUUGUGACUGUGCGUGUGGCCUUGUGCUGCCAUCUGUUGGCGUGUUAUAAAACUAAUCUUGAACCUUUUUUGAUACCACCCAAGAUGUAACCCGGUAUAUUUCACCUUCACAGAUUACCACGUCGCUGCACGAUUUAUUUAUUGCUGUACAUAUUGCUGAUGUUUAAGAUGAUAAAUAAAAAUUGAAUGUGCUGGA